AUGACACCUAUGAUCGCUUCUUUAUCUCGGGUCCUCUUUGGUCGCCCUUCGAUCCUUCAACUUACAAAUCACGCCAGACUAGCGUGUACCUCACGAUGUAUCACUACCGACCCAAGCCCUGUAUCACCAUCUCACAAUCAACAAGAUAUUGAACAAUCAAGUCCUUUACCCGCUUCAGCCCGAUCGAAUUCAUUGAACACCAAGGUUCAAAUAACACCGCAUGUCAUCCCGGAUAGGCUUUGGAGGGCACCAUUAGGUACAAUUGAAAAUCCUUUGGCCUAUCAUGUGAACCGUACUAUACCCUUUGGCACCUUGCCGGUGUAUUCAAAGAUGAAACCGGCAUUAAGUCAAGUUUGGACACUGGUGAAAAGAGUUGAUGGUGAUAUUGAGAAAUUGAAAGAACAUAUCAUUUUAGAUUUUCCAGAAUCUCGUCCGAUUGUUAAACCUCGAAUUCGUCAAAUCAUCAUGCGUGGAAAAUUUACGAAAGAAUUAAAAUUGUGGUUACAAGAUCGAGGUUUUUAA